AUGCUUGAAGAUUAUUUUUCAUUACGUAUAUCAUCAAAAGAUCCACCAAUACGUUUAGAAACUCUUCCUAUUUUACUUGAUACAUAUGUACCUAAUCUUGAUUAUUUACCACAAUUUAUUCUUCGUUUAUCUAAAGAAGUUAAUUGGACAGAAGAACGUGAAUGUUUUCAAGAAGAUGGAGAUACUGAAGAAAAACAACAUUGGCCUAUUGAACAUUUACUUUAUCAUGCAUUUAAAACAAUGCUUGUUCCAUCAAAACAUUUACGACAAGCUUUUAUUAAAUUAACUGAAGUACAACAAUUAUAUAAAGUGUUUGAACGAUGUUAA